AUGCUAAAUGACACGGCUCAUAUAUUUCCCCGUCUCUUUAUUAUCUUGUAGAUACGUCACGACGGAUCAAACAGCUACCGUCUCAUGCAGCUCGGGUGCCUGGAGUCCGUGGCCAACUCCUCGGUCGCCUACUCCUCCUCCUCCCCGCUCACCUACCCAGCGCCGGCGGGGACGGAGUUCGCCUCGCCCUAUUUCUCGGCCAACCACCAGUACACGCCCCUCCACCACCAGUCCUUCCACUACGAGUUCCAGCACUCCCACCCGGCCGUGGCCCCGGAGGCCUACGGGCUGAACUCGCUGCACUCGGGCCAGUACUACCAGCAGAUCCACCACGGAGAGCCCGCCGACUUCAUCAAUCUGCACAACGCGCGCUCGGCCCUCAAGUCCUCCUGCCUGGACGAGCAGCAGAGGCGCGAGCUUGGCUGCCUCGACGCUUACCGGCGCCAUGACCUGUCGCUGAUGACGUCACACGGCUCCCAGGCCUACGGCGUCGGUAUGCACCACCCGGACCAGAGGCUGCUGCCGGGCGCCGGUCUGGGUCUCCCUUCGUCUGCGUCAGACGACCUGCAGGGCUCCGUGGAAGCGCAGUGUGGGCUCGUGCUGAAUGGCCAAGGGGGCGUCAUCCGGAGAGGGGGGACAUGUGUGGUGAACCCUACAGAUUUGUUCUGCUCGGUACCGGGCCGACUGUCACUUCUCAGCUCAACCUCCAAGUACAAAGUCACCAUCGCAGAGGUGAAAAGAAGACUGUCCCCACCAGAGUGCCUCAACGCCUCCUUACUGGGCGGCAUACUGCGCAGAGCAAAGUCUAAGAAUGGAGGCCGGUGUCUUCGUGAGAAAUUAGACCGUCUAGGCCUCAACCUGCCUGCAGGACGGAGGAAAGCUGCCAACGUCACGCUGCUCACCUCCCUGGUGGAAGGUGAGGCGCUCCACCUGGCGAGGGACUUUGGCUACACCUGUGAGACAGAGUUUCCUAGUAAGGCAGUGGGGGAACAUUUGGCGAGGCAGCACAGUGAGCCGAAAGAAACCAGCGCACGCAAGAAAAUGGUUCUGGCUACAAAGCAAAUCUGUAAGGAGUUCCAGGACUUAUUGAGCCAAGAUCGUUCUCCUCUGGGCUCCUCCAGACCGACCCCAAUCUUGGACCUGGACAUCCAGAGACACCUCACACACUUCAGUCUGAUCACUCAUGGGUUCGGCACACCGGCGGUCUGCGCAGCUCUCAGCACCUUCCAGACAGUCCUGAGUGAGAUGCUCAACUACUUGGACAAAAACUCGAGCGGGAAAACAAGCGGACCCACCGACCAACAGAUCAACAACACCUCAGAAAAGACGCAGCUCCGGAAAACAGCCGAGCCCCAGAGCAAAGACGGGAAAACAGAAAAGACUGAGUAGCCCCCACCCACCCGGUCCCCGUGCCUUGGAGCGCUGCAUUUGGGAGUGUGUGUGUGGAUAUGUGUGUGUGUUCUCUCAGAAAGGAUUUGUUAAUUCCCAUGCAUUACUGUAUCUUCUUUGGGACAAUUCAUAUUUCUUGUCAUUUAUUUAUCUUAUGUUGAAAUGUAACACUAACCUGAACUGUCCCGAACAAGUCAUCCUGAUGUGUGUGUGGAAAUAACACAUCCUGUUUAGGGGUGGGUGAGUGUGAGUGUGGGUGUGUGUAUGCGUGUGUGAACACCUGUUAUUACAAGGAGGAGCCUCGCCAUGGAGAAGGCUGAGGCUCAUCUAAGACUCUUUAUUUGUUAAUUUAUUAAUUCUGAAAACAGGAAGUAAACAUGGACAUGCUGGAAUCACAGUUUUCCAGGACAGGGGUGGUAACUGCCAACACAACAUAACACACGAUGAGGGUUUUGGGCAAUUUGAUCUCAAUCCAACUAAUUCAGAUGUGGAUUUUCUGCAACAAUACAAAAACUAAAACAUCUUUUUUGUCCUCUGAAGGUUCAUUCAAUGUCUUUGUAUUCAAUUAUUAAUAAAUUCAUAACUAAAGUUCUAGUUUCAGUCAGCUGAAAAGAAAUAAUUUUACAUCCAAAAAGACUGAAUUGCAAAAAAGGACCCUGACCCGAACUCUUAUACAGUACAUACAGUCCGCAAACCCCCUCUGUACCUGUGAGAGCACUUGAACCCCACAAAGCAGACUUAUUUUUAUUUUUACGCCGUAUAAUCAGUGCCAUAGCAACCAGUGUGUUUACUAGGUGGGGCGACAGAGAAAAGGAGACUGUUUCUGGAUAUGAGACUGACACCAUUGCCUGGGGUAGUGUGGCGUGAGUGUGUGUGUGUGUGUGUGUGUAUGUUUGUGUGUGUGUGUGUCUUAGCGUGUGGGACAGAUAAAGAUGUGUUUAAGUGGAAGAGAGCGAGAGAAGGGUCCAACUCAGCCAUUUUGUAAAAGGUGACUUUGCGGUUGCCGUUGUUCCUCUUCCCUGUGCAUGUCUAUCUUUGUACACUCCCGAGAUCGCAAGUUUAGCCGACACAAGCUCUCUGACUCGCUCAUGAACAUUUGUAAAGAUAUAUAUAAAUAUUUAAAUUACUUUUCUUGUAGGCUUUCAACUAUAUAUAUGUUAAAUCCCUACCUUCUAAAAU